GACGUUUUCGUCAAUAUUUUUUAUACAAAAUUAUUUAAAAUUGUAUUGUUCAUAUUUUGUAAGGCUUAAAAACAGAGUGAGCCACCAUGCCGGACGCAGGCAAGUGCACGUUCGGCACUCGGAUGCCGAUCGAAAUCCACAUGCUGAAUGAGAUUAUCUACCGGGAGGUGAAGCACUUCAGGAACUACAAGAUAUACCGCCCCAACUUUGGAUCUAUCCCGGUGACCGGGAAAUUCUACGCGGCGCACGACCAGCUGAAGGCAGAGUCCAGGGAGCAGACGCAGAAGGUAGACGAUUACCACCGCAACGUGGCGCAGACCAGGGCUAAAGGACCCAAGAGCAAGUACCCCACGCCGGCUACGGAGAACAUGGUAUACGGCUGGUUCUCCAAGCCGCUGGUGGCCAUGGACCGCAACGACCGCCGCUUCUACAACCCCAAGAAGGAGAGCACGCACACCAAGAUCGAGAUCAUCAUCCUCAUGUCCAACCCCAAGAGCAAAGCAUAAGCUUCCUAACAGUUGCUUAGUAACAUCGCUUGUUUGUUCCCAAAGAGUAACCCUGUUACGAGUAGGUACCAGACGUGCGACUCGUUGGGAAUAAAAUCGCAACGAAUCGCACUGGUACCUACUGAUCAUAAGAAUAAUAAAUAAUAAAUAAAUAAAUAUAAUAAAUCUUUGGACAAUUUCA